AUCCAAUACACAAGGUAGAGCCAGGGAAAAGUUUAAACCCAGAAAAUGAAAGCAAAGAUGGGUUGGAACCCAUGUUUGGUAGGAGACAUUUUUCUUGCUAGUCUGGUUUUUGGUUUGGCUCAUGGUGCUGCCCAUCAUUACUAUGACUUCAUUCUGAAGGAAACUAAUUUUACAAGGCUGUGUAGCACAAAGAGCAUGCUAACUGUAAAUGAUAGUUUUCCAGGGCCUGAAAUUCAUGUUCACAAAGGUGACACAGUGUUUGUUAAUGUCCAUAACCAUGGAGAAUAUGGUGUCACUAUUCACUGGCAUGGAGUUAGACAACCAAGAAAUCCAUGGUCUGAUGGUCCUGAAAAUGUUACACAAUGCCUCAUCCCACCCGGAACAAGUUUCAUCCAAGAAAUUAAUUUUAGUUCAGAAGAAGGAACCCUUUGGUGGCAUGCACACAGCGAUUGGUCAAGAGCAACUGUCCAUGGUGCCAUUGUUAUUUAUCCUGAACAUGGAACAAGUUACCCAUUUCCUAAACCUGAUGCAGAAAGCACAAUUGUUCUUGCAUCUUGGUACAAAGCAGAUGUUAUGAACAUGAUUACACAAGCCCUUGCAACUGGUGCAGACCCCAACGUCUCAGAUGCCUUCACAAUCAAUGGACAACCUGGAGAUUUAUAUGACUGUUCGAAUGAAACGAUAUACCGUAUGAUGAUCGAAUAUGGCAAAACUUAUCUUAUCCGAAUUAUCAAUGCGAUAUUAAAUGAAGAAAUGUUCUUCGGAAUAGCACGACACAAUCUCACAAUUGUUGGCACAGAUGGUGCAUAUGUCAAGCCUGUAACAGUUGAUUACAUAGUAAUAACUCCAGGGCAAACAAUGGACGUUUUGGUCACAGCCAACCAAGCUCCUAGCCGCUACUACAUUGUUAGUUCACCUUUUGCUGAUACUACCUCUGCAUUUGACAACACUACUACCACAGCAAUUCUUGAGUACACUAAUGGAAAUUGUACUACUCCUCCAUCACCAAUUUCACUUCCAAUUUUUCCUGCCUAUAAUGACUCUGAUGCUGUAGCAGUCUUCACAAGUAAAUUAAAGGCUUUGGCUAGCUCAGAGCACCCCAUUAAUGUCCCUAAGAAUGUCACUAGACAUUUAUACAUGACAAUAUCUACAAAUCUCUUGCCUUGCCCCAAUGCAUCAUGCUCAGGGUCAUCCAAUGGCGACAGGCUAUCUGCAAGCCUAAACAACAUAAGCUUCAACUACCCUUUUACAUCGAUUCUCCAAGCGUACUACUGGAACUGGAGUAAUAUUUUUACUACAGAUUUCCCAGAUGAGCCGCCAGUGUACUUUAAUUUUACUGGAAAUGUGGACAACAUUACGUUAUACACAAGCCUAGGGACAAAUGUGAUAAUGGUAGAUUAUAACGAAAGUGUAGAAAUUGUUUUCCAGGGGACUAAUCUUAUGGUCGCUGAAAAUCAUCCCAUGCAUCUCCAUGGCUUCAGCUUCUUUUUGGUAGGAACGGGCAGAGGGAAUUUUGACAAUGCUACCGAUCCCUUGAAAUACAACUUGAUUGAUCCUCCAGAAGUUAACACCAUUGGCGUUCCUAAGAAUGGUUGGGCUGCCAUCAGAUUCUACGCGGACAAUCCUGGUGUAUGGUUUGUGCAUUGCCAUUUGGAGCGUCAUACAAGUUGGGGAAUGGAUACUGUGAUAAUAGUGAAGAAUGGAGGUACCAAUGAUACAAGCAUCCGCUCUCCCCCUCCUUAUAUGCCUCCUUGUUCCAUGUCUUAGUUUUAAACUAGUUGUUACCCCAAUGAACUUUGCUUGUAUUAUCAGUACUCAUGCUCAUUUAUUAUUAUUUGAAUAUGAAUAUUCCGUUAAUAAGAAGUAAUAAGUAUAUUUUGAUAUAGAAAA